AUGAGUGAAAGCAUAACAAUAACAGCUAAUAGCAUAGAUAGCCUGGAUACAGAUGUGAGGCGCAAUGAGAGAUUUCAUUUGGUUCCUAGGAAAAGACUUGAAGCGUUGGUGACUACAAGUGGCCUAAUCGGGGGUAUGAUUGGGUUUUACGAUGGAGUAAAGAUAUCAUCCCUCAGAUACUUGACUGAAAAUGCACAUCGAAUGCCGAAAACCGUGGGAGGGUGGUAUUUCUAUCAUAAAAAGAAGAAUUAUGUCAUGAUUGUGGCUGGGGUAAAGAAGGCAAUUGCGACCAGCUUCAAAUAUGGUGCAGCUGUUGGUGGGUUUUUUGGUUUGGAAUAUUUACUAGACAUUAGUAGAGGAAAUACAAUAGAUUUUUUAAACACUACAACAGCGGCAUUCCUCACAUCAACAUUUUAUGCAAAAUACAACAAGUUGAGUUCUAUGCAAACCAGAAAAAUGAUAUUUAAAGGGACUGCCCUAGGUUUGACGCUUGGUUUAAUACAGGAUUAUUUAAUUCACGCCAGAAAAGGCAGAGUCUGGUAUUUAGAUAGAUAUACACAACAAAAAUUAGUAUAA